AAUUCAUUCAUAUAUUUGUAUGUACUUUUGAAAACUUAUGAUUGCCAGUGUAUGCACAUCUGCCAACGCUGGCAACACUGACAGUGUCGACAAGAAGAAGAUAAUUGACGUGUCACAAUUUCGACGAUUGGCAAGUGCUCGAAACAACCGAAAAAGGGCGCUUGAAGGAUAAGCCGACACCUAGAAGAGCAUCCAAUUUGAGACACCUACAGGCAGAACAGAAAAAGUGCCACCAUGCUGACCAACUUCGAGUCGAAGUCAGCGAGGGUGAAGGGCCUCUCCUUCCAUCCUAAGCGCCCAUGGAUCCUGGUCAGCUUGCACAGCGGCGUCAUCCAGCUGUGGGACUACCGGAUGCACACGCUCCUCGAGAAGUUCGACGAGCACGACGGACCGGUUCGAGGCGUGGCCUUUCACCAGCAGAUGCCGCUCUUCGUCUCCGGCGGCGACGACUACAAGAUUAAGGUGUGGAACUACAAGCAACGCCGCUGCAUCUUUACCCUCCUGGCCCAUUUGGACUAUGUGCGCACGGUGGCUUUCCACCACGAAUACCCAUGGAUUCUGAGCGCCUCCGACGAUCAGACCAUCCGCAUCUGGAACUGGCAGUCGCGCAACUGCAUCUGUGUGCUGACGGGCCACAACCACUAUGUGAUGUGCGCCCAGUUCCAUCCCACGGAGGAUCAGAUCGUUUCUGCUUCACUCGAUCAGACGGUGCGCGUGUGGGACAUUUCGGGCCUGCGUAAGAAGAACGUAGCUCCCGGACCCGGUGGGCUUGAUGACCACCUAAAGGGUCAUCCGGGUGCCACUGAUCUGUUUGGACAAGCAGAUGCCGUGGUAAAGCACGUGCUCGAGGGCCACGACCGUGGCGUCAACUGGGCCAGUUUCCAUCCCACCCUGCCGCUGAUUGUGUCCGGUGCCGAUGAUCGCCUGGUGAAGUUGUGGCGCAUGAACGAGUACAAGGCCUGGGAGGUAGACACCUGUCGCGGUCACUACAACAAUGUGUCCAGCGUGUUGUUCCAUCCAAGGCAAGACCUGAUUCUCUCCAACGGCGAGGAUCGCAGUAUUCGCGUCUGGGACAUGACCAAGCGCCAGUGCCUCUUUACAUUCCGGCGAGACAACGAGCGCUUCUGGAUACUUACAGCGCAUCCGACCUUGAAUCUGUUUGCAGCUGGCCACGAUGGAGGUAUGGUGGUCUUUAAACUGGAGCGGGAGCGACCUGCAUAUGCUGUCCACGGCAACAUUCUCUACUACGUCAAGGAACGUUUCCUACGCAAACUGGACUUUACCACCACUAAGGACACUGUGGUUAUGCAGCUUCGGCCAGGCAAGUCGCCGGUGUACAGCAUGUCGUACAACCCAGCACUGAACGCCGUGCUUAUCUGCACGCGCACCAACAACCUGGAGAACAGCACUUACGAUCUUUGCCAAAUCCCCAAGGACACCGAGAGCCAAAGCGAGUCAGACAGCAAGCGAAGCUCUGGAAUAACAGCCAUAUGGGUGGCACGCAAUCGGUUUGCAGUGCUUGAUCGCAACCAGCAGUUGGUAAUCAAGAACUUCAAGAACGAGGUGACCAAGAAGUUGCCCACCUUCUGCGAGGAGAUCUUCUAUGCCGGCACGGGAAUGCUGCUCAUCCGGGACCCUGAGUUUGUCACACUGUACGAGGUUCAGCGCCUUGUCUCCGUUGGAAGCAUUAAACUGGCCAAGUGCCGCUACGUGGUGUGGUCACCGGACAUGUCCUUGGUCGCACUACUCUGCAAGCACUCGGUUACGAUCUGCGAUCGAAGACUUCAGUACUUGUGCACCGUGCAGGAGAACUGCCGCGUGAAGUCUGGCGCCUGGGACGAGUCUGGAGUGUUUAUCUACACCACUAGCAACCACAUUAAGUACGCCAUUACAAACGGGGACCAUGGCAUCAUCCGUACGCUGGACCUACCCAUUUAUCUGACACGCGUCAAGGGCAACCAAGUGUUCUGCUUGGAUCGGGAGUGCCGCACCCGCGUGCUCCACAUUGAUCCUACGGAGUACAAGUUUAAGCUUGCCCUGAUUCAACGCAAGUACGACGAAGUACUGCACAUGGUGAGAAAUGCCCGCCUAGUGGGUCAGAGCAUCAUUGCUUACCUGCAGCAAAAGGGUUAUCCAGAGGUGGCACUGCAUUUUGUCAAGGACGAGAAAACCCGAUUUGGACUCGCUCUGGAGUGCGGUAACAUCGAAAUUGCUCUCGAAGCAGCCAAGGCUCUCGAUGACAAGGAUUGCUGGGAUCGCCUGGGACAGAGUGCGUUGCUCCAAGGAAACCACCAGGUGGUAGAGAUGUGCUACCAGCGGACCAAGAACUUUGACAAGCUUAGCUUCCUCUACCUGAUUACCGGCAACUUGGAGAAGCUCAAGAAGAUGAACAAGAUUGCCGAGAUCCGCAAGGAUGUUUCCGCCCAGUACCAGGGUGCCCUCCUUCUCGGUGACGUCAAGGAGCGGGUAAACAUUCUCAAGAACUGCGGACAACUUUCGUUAGCUUAUCUCACUGCCGCUACUCAUGGAUUCGAUGAGCUUACUGAGUCCCUGGGCGAAUCGAUAACUUCGCAGGGUAACAGCCUUCCCGAGGUGAAUCCCAAUGCCCAGUUGUUGCAACCACCAGUGCCCAUCCAGCAGCUUGAAACCAAUUGGCCGUUGCUGUCCGUGUCCAAGGGCUUCUUUGAAGGCGCCAUGGUCACCAGGGCUGGCUCAAGUGUCACUGCCCGACAGGCGCUGAACAUCAACGCCGAUGCUGCAGUGUUGGACGAGCAUAAUGGUGGUGGAGAUGGUUGGGGAGCGGAUGCCGACUUGGGACUAGAUGAGGACGGAGAUGACGAGAUGCACGAUGCGCUGAGCAACGAUGGCGAUGGUGGUGCUGGUGGAGAGGAGGGUGCCGGCUGGGAUGUGGGCGAUGAUGACCUGGUUGUGCCCGAGGAACUGGCCUCCAAGAUCAAGGCCUCUGCCCUCGACAGCAACUACUAUGCCGCUCCCAACAAAGGCUUGUCUCCUGCCCAACAAUGGGCGAACAACUCGCCUCUGGUCCUGGACCAUGUCAAGGCCGGAUCAUUCGAAACCGCCUUCCGUUUACUGCACGAUCAGCUGGGAGUGGUCAAUUUCAAGCCAUUCAAAACACUCUUCCUGCAUAACUACGCCUGCUCUCGAACGAGCUACACGGCCAAUCCGAAUCUGCAAUCCCUAAGUGGUUAUCCACUUCGCAACUACUCCGAGACAAACAUCAAGCUGCAGCGUCCAGCGGUUGGCAUUAAACUGAAUGAUUUGGUGGCACGCCUGCAAGCUGGGUACCAACUGACAACUUCUGGAAAGUUCUCCGAGGCCGUAGAGAAGUUCCAUUCCAUCUUGAUUAGCAUCCCACUGCUGGUAGUGGACACGAAGCUAGAUGCGGCGGAGGCCCAGCAACUAUUAAGGAUCUGCGCUGAGUAUAUCGUUGGCCUGAAGAUGGAGACUGUGCGCAAGGGCAUGCCCAAGUCGACGCUUGAGGAGCAAAAGCGUCUGUGCGAGAUGGCUGCCUACUUCACGCACUGCAAGCUUCAGCCCGUGCACCAAAUCCUCACCCUGCGUACCGCCCUCAACAUGUUCUUCAAGCUGAAGAACUACAAGACGGCCGCUUCAUUUGCCCGUCGUCUCCUGGAACUGGCGCCACGACCGGACGUUGCCCAGCAGGUGCGCAAGAUCCUGCAGGCCUGCGAGGUAAAUCCCGUGGACGAGCAUCAGCUGCAGUACGAGGAGUUUAAUCCGUUCACAAUCUGUGGAAUCAGCUGGAAGCCACUGUAUAGGGGCAAACCCGAAGUGACCUGUCCCUUCUGCUCCUCCUCUUUCGACCCUCAGUUCAAGGGCAAUCUCUGCACAGUUUGCGAGGUGAGCCAGAUCGGCAAGGAUAGCAUUGGCCUGCGCAUUUCAAACCUGCAAUUCCGCUAGGACGGACUAGCUUGUCGCUUUUAAUAUAAAUGUUUCCACCACGCCGAGCGAGACCCCAUAGUUUAGUUUUACACGAACCUUGCUUAUUAUGUAUAAAGUUCAGUAUCUGUAUAUUAUAAUGCUAUAAAAU